CUAUAUCUGUGUUGCUCAAUCUUAAUUUCUUUUAAUUUGUUGCGUGUGAUUUUUUUUAAUACAUUAAUUAUGAUCAAGAUUUGGAAUUUAGUAGGAGGAGGCAAAAGGAAAGAAAGCAUGAGAGAGGCUCAGCUUGUUGUUCUUCACACGGUGAGGUCUCAUGGCGCGAAAUUGGCGAGGACGCAUGUGCACGACUGGGUUAUUAUCGCUUUCCUUGCGGGCGUCGUGAUCGGUUUGAAUGUCACCCAUCCGUUCUAUCGUUUUGUCGGAAAGGAUAUGAUGGCCGAUUUCAAGUACCCGCAUAAAAGUAACACUAUACCAUUUUGGGCUGUUCUUAUAGUUGCAUACUUGGUACCGUUGGCGAUAUUUGUCGCAUUCUAUUCAUACAGGAAAGAUGUUUAUGACCUUCAUCAUGCCACACUAGGCAUUUUAUUCUCUGGGCUGAUAACUGGCGUUACAACCAACGCGAUCAAGAUUGCAGUCGGCCGUCCUAGGCCCGAUUUCUUCUGGCGAUGUUUCCCCGACAGAAAAGAGUUGUAUGAUCAAGUCACAGGAAGAGUUAUCUGCCACGGCGAUAAGUUGCUCAUGAAGGACGGUCACAAGAGCUUUCCAAGUGGCCAUACUUCAUGGGCCUUUGCUGGUCUUUGCUUUUUAGCAUUAUACUUAUCAGGAAAAAUCAAAGUGUUUGAUCGGAGGGGCCAUGUCGCGAAACUCUGUAUUUCGUUUCUUCCUUUACUUGUUGCGUCACUUGUUGCGGUAUCACGGGUGGAUGAUUACCGCCAUCACUGGGAAGACGUCUUUGCUGGCGGUCUUAUAGGAAUGGUAGUGGCUACGCUUUGUUACCUGCAAUUUUUCCCUGCUCCCUAUGAUCCUAAUGGGUGGGGUCCUUAUGCAUAUUUCCAAAUGUUGGCCGAGGCGCAGAGCGGCGACGGAUCGGCUACUAACACGAACCAGCGAGAGGAAGCAGGCGACGUCAGUGAAUCAUCGUCUCGAGCACUCCGUACCAGCGAAUGCGAUCUCGAAACAGGAAUCAAAGAGGAGGAGGAGCCGUUGAUUUUGCUAAGGCAUCGGAUUUCGGAUACAAUGCCGGAUAUUCAGUUAGGAGCUCACACUGUAAGAUCGCAUGGCUCUAUAGUGGCAAGAUUCCACAUGUAUGACUGGAUCAUACUUAUAUGUCUUGCGGUACUUGAUGGAGUAUUAAAUAUAAUAGAACCUUUUCAUCGUUUUGUCGGGCAAGACAUGAUGACUGAUCUGAGGUAUCCAUUGAAAGGCAACACAGUGCCUUUUUGGGCUGUUCCGGUCAUUGCGAUUGUACUACCCUUCGUCAUCAUCAUUGGAAUU